AUGACUCAAUUGAAGAGUGUUGUCGACACCGUUCAAAACUUGGUCUUCAUUUCUGAUCGACAUGCCAGCAUUUGUAAAGCGAUUGAUGAGAUAUUUCCUACUGCAUUUCAUUGCUUUUGUAUACAUCAUCUAAAGAUGAACUUGCUGGCCAAAUUUACAACGCCCGCGCUGGAGGCAUUAUUUUUUAAGGCUGCGAAGGCAUUUCGCGAGUCAUAUUUCAAUGAGAACUGGGUCCAACUGUGCACACACCCAGGAGUUAGGGAAUAUCUGGAAGCUAUAGGAAAGGAACGAUGGGCUCGCUGCUUUCAGACGAAACUAAGAUACUCACAAAUGACCACUAAUAUUGCAGAGUCCAUUAAUGCACUUUUCAGGCAUGCACGUAAGUUGUCAGUCACCGCAUUACUUGAUCAUAUCAGAGGUGUGUUGCAGAGGUGGAUCUACGAACGUCGGACGCUUGCUUCUUCACGUCAGAGUACGUUGUCUGACUGCACAGAGGAAAUGAUUGCCGAAGCUUCGGAUAAUGCACGGAGACACAUUGUGAUGAACAUCGACCAGUUUAAUUUUGAGGUACGCGACGGGAACCUGAAUGGGGAUGUUGACUUGCAAUCGCAGACGUGUAGCUUCUACCGCAAGUAA